CCCCUCUGGACGAGGUGCAUUGUGGGGAGGAAAGUCGUUGCCAUUCGACCUCUGCGGGGCCUGCGCGGACGCAGCGAGAACCCUGAAAUUCAUUAUGCGUUUAAAACCUUUAUUUAUUUCCGCAUAACCUACAUACUCUCACCGGGAGGGCCGAGCGGAGCGCAGAAACGACGACGGUCCAUCUCUUUCGGGAAACACAUCGGUUAUAAACACAGCAUUUUAAUCGGAGGAGGGGGAUACUGUUGAGAAAGUGAAGAUUCUAACGUAUAUUAAGAAAAAAAAUGUCCGGUGAGAGAAACCGCAGGUCGCUGGCUUUCCGAGGAGGUGGAUUAGCUGGGUUAACGGGUUCCAGUGGUAUCGGUGGGGGGAACUGUAACAGCUGGGAGGCCCCGGCCUGUCAAGAUCGACAUUUUAACGGGAACAGGCCGGAUCAAGAGGAGGACAGGGAUCUGGGGGCGAAAGGACCGUCGCAGAAGAGAGUGGAGGGCGCUGGAUCUGUCAGCGAUAGCACGGAACCCGAGGCGGAGGAAGAAGAGGACCCGGAAGGGGGCAGUCGGGCAGCUGGGGACGGCGACGAUCGUGUCGACUCGGUGGAAGCGGAGGACGGGUCCGGGGACGGGAAAAGCUGGGUUGCGGGGAACGGUCACAACAACAGCGCCGACGGCCAGGAGACUGCCAGGGGAGGGAUCGAGACGGGAUCCAGGAAAUCUGGGGUAGAGAUGAGACCGCAGACGCUGCUUCAGAAACACUCGCUUUUCCACGCUUCGUGGUUGCAAGAAUUUCCAUGGCUCAAAUUUUGCCAGGAGACUGGACUCAUGUCCUGCUCCUGGUGUCACAACAUUGCCACUAAAAACAGCGACGAGCUCGUCAAAGGCAGUCGCAACUACAAGAGGGCCUUGCUGCUGAGACAUCACCUGUCUUCUGAGCACGGGAGAAACGAUCCCACCAAACAGGAGACACUGAGGCCCUCGGACAACACCAGCCCCUCCACUAACUGCACAGAGGAAGACUACCGCAACAAGCCCAACGAGAACUCCUACUGUUACCAGCUUCUACAGGAGCUGGACAAGCAACGCAAAAGUGGCAUCCUCUGUGACGUCAACAUUGUCGUCUCGGGCCAGGUGUUCCGCGCGCACAAAAACAUCCUGGUCGCAGGCAGCCGCUACUUCAAAACCCUCUACUGUCUGACCAAGAGCGAGACCCAGGACCAGACCACGGUCACGCACCUAGAUGUUGCUGCUGUGCAGGGCUUCUCGGUCAUCCUCGACUUUCUCUACUCUGGGAAUCUGCUGCUCACAAGCCAAAAUGCCAUUGAGGUGAUGUCAGUUGCUAGUUACCUCCAGAUGACAGAGGUUGUACAUUCUUGUAGGGCUUUCAUAAAGGAUGCUCUGAAUAUCAGCAUCAAGCAAGAAGCUCCCGAUUCCGUGGUGGUGGACUACAACAAGAGGCAGAUGGUGGCCAAAGAGGGACAGAGAGGGCUAGACCGUAAGCCAAGUAACUUCUGGGCGACAAGCAUCCUGUCAAAGCUAUCAAUCAAGGCCAGCAGCAAUCAAGGGAAGGAGGCAAUGGAAGAAGAUGACGAAAAUGGCCGCGUGAAAGAGGAGACGAGUGAUAUAGAAGUCACAGUGGUCAGGGGUGAGGGCUGUGCCCUUGUAACCCCCGGAGCCUCUGGUAGCUGGACCCACCAAAACGACAACUCAUCUGAUUCAGCAGAGACCAAUGAAACACGGGCGACGAGUGGCCAGACGCGGGUCUUCGUCUGGAACGAGCCAGCCACAGGCGGCACGGCCGCAUCACCCGCAGCAAUAAAGCGAGAGGCACCGGAUGCUGCAGCUGGAAGUGGACGGAGGAAAAAACAAGCUACAACACGGCGGUUUGUCUACAAUUUCCCACCAGAGCCUGAAGAGGGAUUCGAUGAGGGGAUGUUCAUCCAGCCUUCAGCCUCCUACCCCAGAGAGGACUUCUCCUCGCUGUCCGAAAAUGCUGAGCUGGCCAAUCAGAUCCAGUAUAGCAUCAUGCAAGACUUACAGCAAGGGGAGUCCUGGGAGAAUGGCGAGUCCUCACACCUAGCCCUCAAUAAGCUCAAGUGCCCCCACUGUAACUACAUCGCCAAGCACCGUCGCACACUCAAAAGGCAUCUGAUCAUCCACUCAGGUGUACGCUCUUUCAGCUGCGACAUCUGCGGCAAGCUGUUCACCCGCCGUGAGCAUGUAAAGAGACAUUCCCUGGUUCACAAGAAGGACAAAAAAUACAAGUGCAUGGUAUGCAAGAAGAUCUUCAUGCUUGCAGCAAGCGUCGGUAUCCGCCACGGCUCGCGGCGCUACGGCGUGUGUGCAGACUGCGCCGACUCGCACCAGGCCACUCAGGAGGGCCUGGAGGGCAUGGAGUUUCCUCGGGACGAAGACUUUGACGGGGAGGAAGGGGAAGAAGUGGAGGGCGAGGAACCUGCUGAGAACGACCAAUCAAAUUGGGGCGAGGGCAACGCUGGUGCUGCCCCGGAAGAGGACUAAAAAAAAAACAAAUACAUUUUUAACAAGCUUGAGAAACAAAAAUGAAUAACAGUUGAUGUUUAAUAUAUAUGUAUACAGAAAUCUAGCUGGUAAACAAUCAACUCCAAAGUGCUAUCAAACCUUGAGGUUACUUAAUUGUGCAAGUAUAUGACAAAGAGUUGGAAUUUUUUUUUUUUUUUUUUUUUUUUUUUUUUUAAGAAAAAAAGCUUUGCGGGAACUCCAAGAUGUACAGAUUUUAUUAUUGCUCAAAUGUGUCCAACUCUGGGCCCAGCGCCCACAAGAGAACGAUUUAAUGACGAAUAACGUGAUGAAUCAGGUCUUUGGUGAUGUAUUUUAUUUCCUGUUUUGUUUUUUGUUUUCGGGACGGGUGGGCGGGCAGGAGUCGGGUAGGGUGAAGUAGUUUUUGAGUUGAGUUAGGCCAAUCAUCUAAACAAAGAAAUGUUAAUUAUUUAAUUUAUGAAGAGAGGUCUUUAUGGUCUUAUCAGAUUCUAUAAUUUGUUUUGUUCUAUUGUUUUUUUUCCUUGUCUGCGAGCAGAGCCGUAGUAAGCCGUCGCUCUCUGCUCCGUCUGAGCGUGUGUUGUAGAAGUACACAGAAAAAGAGCAUUACUGUCCACAGGAAGAUUUUACCUUGCUCUGUAGAUUUUUUUCUUUUCUUAGAUGCGCUAAAUAUUAUUCUUUUCUGUGUUUUAUGUUUUUGUUUGGUUUUUUUUCCUUCCCUGCACAAAAUCUUGGAACCAAAAAAUCUGUUUUGCGACUCUAAUGUAUUACAGCCAUAUUUAUGAUUAAUUUAAGAGGGCUGUGAUAUUGUGCCAAACAGACUGCACACCAAGAUUAAGCAGGAAACAAAAACUACUGAAUUUAAACAAAAAAAGAGGAAAAAAAAAAAGAUGAGUGAGAGAAAGAUGAUGUUAGGUUUGUUGUUAAGCGGGCGGGUGGGGGAAGAUGAUUUAAAAAACGAAUAAAAAGAAAGUACAAGGGGAAAUGUUAUUGCUAGCUUUACACAAAUCACGGCGUCACAGUAACACUUUAUUGUUAUUAUUAUUAUUAUUAUUAUAAUACAAAAGCAUUUGAAUUUCACUUAAAGCUUGAAUUUUGCCAAAUGAUGAAACGUUUGGUGCUGUAAUGCUUGUUGCAGAAUACUGGACCUACAGGCUAUAUAUGAUGUUUAUAAUCAUAAAGCUUAAACUGACUCAGUUAUGCAUAUGUAAUCAGCUUAAACUAUAGAAACACUGUUGUGCUACAGCGACUAUCAGGUAUGCUUUGCCAUUGUUUUUAAGCUUUUUUUAAAAGAAAUUUUAUUUAAUGCACACACACGCGCGCACACACACACCCACACAUACACGUGCACCAUUUUUGUAGAACUACCGGCAGUACUUGCAAUUGACAUUUUGAGGACCUAAGUGGACAUCCAUACCCGUUUGUUUAUAUUUGGUACUGAGGUAUAAAGUAAAUACAGUAUAUAUCUAUAUAUUUUGGAUCACUUGAACGUUGGUUGUGAGGGUGGGGGGGUCGGGGAGGCGUGUAGAAAUCAUUGUGUGUGUGAUGUUUUUAAGUGUAAAAGAACUCCAUUUUUUUUUCAUACGAUAGAGAAAUGUCAUCGUUUAAUUUGAUGUCUUUUUUUGUUAAGGUCUGCCAGGUAGAAAACACUUUGUUCCACAAAAAGUGAAGCUCUAUGGCGCCUCAUAGACAUGCACUUACUUUUGCGUUCAUUAAAUAAUUUUCUUUUUAUGUUUCUGUGUUUUGGGGUUUUUUGUUUUGUUUUGUUUUUCUCCCCAAAAGCGGGUCUGAAUGGAACUGUUCUUUUCUUCCAAUGUGCGACUUUUUUUUAAAUAUUAUUAUUAUUAUUAUUAGUUUUUUUUUUUUCUUAUUUAAUAUUAUAUAUAUAUUGACUCCAAAAUGCAAUCAAGACUGUUAAUUUCUAUUUGUCCAACCAAAAUUGUUGUUUGUAAUUAUUGUUGAAAUAUAAUGUAUGAGAAAAGCCAGGUGAAUACUUGCUUAGUGUAGAAGAAAAAAAAAUCCUUGCUCGUGUCUGUUAAUUGUUGAGAUUUUUUUAAAAAUGUCUUUAAUGCUACAGAAUCAUUCACUUUACCCUAGAAACAGAUUUUAAUUUUUGUCCUUUCCACAGAUGUUUUUGCUUUCUCCUUUUUUUUGUUAUUAUUUCUUUAAGCACAUACUUUCUAAAGAAACACGGAUUGUUUGCGGGUUAAAACCUUGGAACAGCAGUAUCUGUUCGUAUGCAGUCGAAUAUACAGUAUAGUACUGAAGUGCUGAUGAUACAGAAGAUGUGUAACUUCCCUUCACACUCAGUGGAAGAUGAUAUAUUUUAGAGAUAUUCAUACUCUUCGUGUCACUUUUACCUUCAAAUCACUGUGGGAGGGGAUAUAUUACGGAUAUGUUGAGAAUAUAUGAGAUAAAUAUAUAUAUAUAUAUGAAGAAUAUAUUAUUUAACUAGUGGAUUUACUUAAUGGAACAUUAACAGUCGGCUACAAAGCUGCUGUGGCGAUUUAUUUCCGUGAACUUAACCUUCCGCUUUCUCUCGCGCUCUGUUCACGCCGUGUGCUUGUUCAUGACACCAUCCUGUUGUCUUGUUUGUUCUUUUGAUACUAUUUACCAUCCUACUGAUUUUACUGUAAUGAAUGAAACUCAAAACUAUGAUGUAUCAUUUUAGAUUUUAUGCUGUAUUUGUUAUAUGGACAUUAAAAAAAACACACACCAAAAAAAACACGAAAAAAAACCCCGAAAAAAAAAAACCCAGAGCAAAAACACUACAGAUGUAAAGCAGAGGUUUUUUUUCCCCAGCUGUAUUUUUUUACGCUGUUGCAAAAGGUUGUAUUUUUCAAUUUCUCUCGAACUUUAACAGUGAUGCAAAACUCGGGCCGCCGCCUCAGUGCCCUCCGAACACAAAGCAGAUUCAGGUUACUCUUUUUACGUUUUUAUCAAGGGUUUUCAAAGAUGGAACUACAUUCUCCUUUUUUCUGUCUGAAUUGUACUACUGUUCCUCUCUAUACUACAUUUUAAGAAUAAAACUUUGAUAUUGCUUUAA